AUGUUCAGCACUUUUGACACUCUUCAAAUCCUGAAACAGCCUGCUAUCCAGGCUUUGUCUGCUAGCUGCCAAGUAACUGUUACACCACAAAAUUCCAGGUCUAUCAGUCAGACUGGGUCCCGCCCCCCGGCUGUCAGUCACACACUGUUCCCGCCCCCUGGCUGUCAGUCAGACAUUGUCCCCGCCCCCGGGCCGUCAGUUAGACUGGGUCCCGCCCCUGCGCCGUCAGUCAGCAACUGUCCCCGCCCACGGGCUGUCAGUCAGACUGGGUCCCGCCCCUGCGCCGUCAUUCAGACACUGUCCCCGCCCCCGGGCUGUCAGUCAGACUGGGUCCCGCCCCCGAGCUGUCAGUCAGACACUGUCCCCGCUCCCGGACUGUCAGUCAGACACUGUCCCCGCCCCCGGGCUGUCAGUCAGACACUGUCCCCGCCCCCGGGCUGUCUGUCAGACUGGGUCCCGCCCCCGGGCAGUCAGUCAGACACUGUCCCCGCCCCCGGGCUGUCAGUCAGACACUGUCCCCGCCCCUCUGCUCGCUCUGGUGGAGAGGGAGAGUUGUGUGUGUCUCGGUGCACGGUUAUUGUUGGAGGCGGGUUUGUGGCCGACGCCGCUCGGGUCGAGGGUUUGCGGUCGCCGGCUGGGCGCAGCGGCAGUGCGGCCCGGGGCGGUGACCGUGCGGCCAGAUUUUUCAAGACCAUGGGAGGAAAUCCAGAAAAAGCUAAAAGACGGAUUUCUGAAUACCAACUUCCCAGCUCGGUGAACAUACUCACAACUACUACGACUCGUACCCGAACUACAAAUAUCUACACAAAUCUUGAGAAACUACAGCUACUUAAGCAGAGCGUGUAUGACCUGGAUUUGAAAACGCAGCAUCAGUUUCACCCUCUGUGGCUGUGUAACACCAGUGAAGACGAGCAGCAAGACUAUGGCUUUGUCAGUAUGGUCAAAUUGGAGCGUCCAGACCGAGACCCACAUCCCUGUCUCUCCCUCUUCAACAAGGCUAAGUUUGCUAUUCAGAGAGGUGCCACAGCAGUGAUUUUUGAUGUAACAGAUGAUGCAAGUGCUGCGGGUCAGCUGAAACAGAAUCAAGAGGAUCUUUUGCCUUGUCCAGUUAUCCUGAUCCAAGGUCAUGAUGCUACCCAACUGAUGAAGGUCAUUAACACCAAUGGUGAAGCAAUAGUCAGGAUUCAUGUCAAGAGUGACAGAUUGGGUCGGCCAGCCUACGAUGUGGGGAUCCUCAUGACUCUGAUUGUGGCUUUCUCAGUUGUUGUCAUGAUCCUGGCGGUGAGAAUCAAAUGCAAGCAGAACCGGACUCGGAAUUCCUUGCAGCAGCAGACUAUCAAUGCGAUCAGCCAGCUCGCCACACGCCGUUAUCAAUCAAGGUGUCAGGCUCAGGGUCACGAGCAUCAGAACAGCUUGGAUUCACAGAGUAGCAAUGUGUCAGAGCCAGUGUGUGCUAUCUGUCUGGAGGAGUUUGCUGAUGGGCAGGAUCUACGGAUAAUUUCUUGUUUCCAUGAAUUCCACAAGGAAUGUAUAGAUCCCUGGCUUCUUCAGCAUCGUACCUGCCCUCUCUGCAUGUACAAUAUCAUUGAGGGUAGUUCUUCAAUUCCGCAACUGGAACCUCAAGACCAAGCCAAUCCAGCUGCUCAACUAAACCAGCGUAUCCAUUUGCUCAGGCGUUACCCUGGUCAUGCGCAUCUUCACAGGCCAGACACUGCCAUUCCUUCCAGGCCUUCUCGCUUGAACAAUCCCAGAACUCCAGGAAUGCAAAUUGCACCCCCUGGCCAUUACUUUGUUGCUCCAGAAGUCUAUCGUGCAGGGUUCAACACCAUGAGAUAUGUGGCCACAAGGCCCCAACAAUCUUCAAACUUGCAUAGGUGUAACUACCGUCAUGUUGAUGGCCAAGGAGUUUUCUACAGACACCACAGACCCUUUACUGUCCGAAAAGGCCCACCAUGGCCAGACCAAGUUCUUCAUCACCCAUGUCUGCAUAAACCUCCCUGCUGGCCGCAGCACCUUUCAGCAUGCAAUGCCCCACUAUCCUCACAUCACUUAACGCCUAACUGUGCUCCUGAUCAUUCACAGAUCACCAGCAACCAUGACAACCACAGCUACUCAGGGGACAGUUUUGGUAUUAACUGUUCAGUGAGAAGUGGAUACCUGGCUGACAGCCCAGGUAGUGAUUCCAGCUCAGGUCCUUGCCACUGCUCCUCCAGUGAUUCAACACUGGACUGUACAGACAUCAGUAACCAUUGUACCUAUGGGAGCCAGUCAACCUUCCGUAGCUCUCUGAGCAGUGAGUAUGAUCCUCUUGUGUACUGUGGGGCGGGUGGGGAAACUAUGAAGAGUUCAACCUUUGAAGUACAGAGACCCAGGUCAAUGGACUCAGUUAAUGGUCCUCUGGAAGACAAUGUGUUUAGCCACACUCACUACCACCAUCAUCGGCACCAUCACUAUGGCGACGCUGACCCAAGUCCUGAAGGAGUGCAAUGUAUGAACCCCAGCUGGAGCUCAGCAGAGAAGCAGGAUAGCACACAGUUGGAGGAGUUCAUGAAUGAUAAACGACACUGCCAGCCUGAGGCAGAGUUCAGCUGUCAAUCCCAGUGCGCUGCCCAUCCUGUCCAGUGCCCCUGCUUGGACCAGCACCUGUUACUCCCCACUGGACUCUGCCUUCCUGAAACAUCCUUGAAAACUAUGGAUGUGGAAAGGAGAAAGAGUGAGGCAGUUUGUGCCAAACCAGAUCAAGUGCCUUCAGAAAAUAAAUCCAGUCGGACCAGUAACAGGAGGAGGCGAAGGAGGAGGAAAAGAAGUUUCCAGAUGGAUCAACCAAUGGUUUACUUCCAUCAGGACUACAGUACUCUGGAGGACUGUCGAGUACAUAUUCAUUAUGGGAACCGUGGGCGGCAGUGCCAUCUUCCAAAUGUUCAGCCGUCAGUGCCAAUCCCUUUAAUCCUAAACAAUGGAGCCUCUAAUGAAUGGAGUUUCCCAUUUUGUGAGUGUCCUAGCUCCCUCUGUCAGCAACGCCUAUGUCAGGUUGGUUCUGAGCCACAGCUGGCAGAAGAGCAGCACAUGAACAACAAUGAGCCACGACACACAUUUCAAGAGAGCUGUACUGAAGUGUAUUGUGAUGGAGUACAAGAUGAGUCCUUCCACUGCCAGACAAUCCCUAACAAUCCAGGUUCAGAAUCAAACGUGGGAGAGAUCGGUGAAGAAGCUGUGUAGCUAACUGAAGAAACAAAGCAAGUCUGAAGAACUGGUAUAGCUGGCAGAAUGAAGGGCCUAGAAGUGAGGAAACAGUGAAGCCAGUAGGAUGUAGGGAGUAGGUGUGAAGAAGCACUGAAGCUGGUGGGAUAAUGGGGUGGUGGUGAAGAAACCAAGUAGCCGGUAGGGUAAUGCAGAAAGUGUCAACAUGCCGUGUAGCUGGUGAGAUGAGGUGUUCAGAUGGGAUGGCACAAUAAAGUUGAAUGGAAGAUGGAGCAACAUGACAAAGAACAAAUUAUUUCAAAGCUUGGAACACUCAGUCCAGGAACAUGAAUCUUCAGAAGCAGCUCUUCAUGGUAUUGGUGCUUAUUAUUCAUUGCCAACUAUCUACUUCACCAGAGACAUGGGGGUAUCUGUAGCCUUCCAUUUGACUGGAGAAUUGAAGGGCUUAUUGAAGGGUCUAUUCCAAGUUGUCUUUGUCUUCCAAAAUAGCCCAAGGUAUAGCAAACUUCCAGCACUUGUGACUCGACCCUGACUGUCAGAUAGUAGAAGCACUUAAAAACAAAUGUAGCCUUAUGGGACCUUGUAUUUACCAAGGUUCCUCAGUAUAUUUUGGGUACUUUGAAUUAAGAGAAAAACUUUUUAAAGUGUUGUAUUAUAUUUGUAUAGAAAGACAUUUCAUUAUGGUAAUAUGUUCUUAAUAUAUUUAUUUACUAAUAUAUUUAUCCUCUGUAAUGUAAAGUGCCUUAUAAAUGAUCAGUGCUGUCACUAACCUGAUGGUCUGACCCUAUUCAGGUUAUGCUGAAAUAAAUUAUUUUCAAUUACA